AUCUGAAAUACAAAAAUGAGACCCAUCAGAAUCCUAAUCAAUGCCGCUGCCACAACAGAGGCCACUCUUUCACCACCAUUGAUCUCUCAGCCACAACGCUCGCCAUGGCACUCUCCAGUUCCAUACCUCUUUGGAGGCUUGGCAGCGAUGUUGGGUUUGAUUGCUUUUGCAUUGUUAAUCUUAGCUUGCUCUUAUUGGAGACUUUCUGGUCGAGUAGACAACCGUGAAGGUAGUCAUGGUGGUGAUGAUCUCGAAAAUGGUAAUGAAAAAGAAGGUGGUGCAAACAAGGCAGCAGGGAAUGACAAGGUCUAUGAGGAAAAGAUUUUGGUCAUAAUGGCUGGUGAUCAGAAGCCAACUUUCUUGGCUACUCCUGUUUCUAGCAGAGCUCCCUCUUUUGGUGAUAAAAGUUCUAAGAUUGAGAAAACAGAGUCGAAGAAAACAGAGAAUGAAGGCAAAACGAAAGGAGGAGUUGGUAAUCUUGAUCAAACAACUACAACCGCAACUGCAACAGCAGAAACAGAAGGUGAAAAUGAAGAGAACCGACAAGCCCAAGAACAAAGCCCUUGAGCUGCUGCAAUUGUUUUUUUUUUUUCGUUUUUUUGGCCUUCUUUUCUUUUUUUUUUCCAAUUUCCCUUUUUUGGUUUUGUUUUGGUUAUAUUUUUGGGGGUUCGGGUUGUGGGUUAUAUGCCCUUUGUUCCUGCGGCAAAUUAAGUGUAAAUUUUUGCUGAGAUGCAAUAGAUGAGCAGCAUGAGAGAGUUUCUGUUUCCAGCUAA